AUGCCUAGAUACGCUCAAUUAGUGAUUGGUCCUGCAGGUAGUGGUAAGUCCACGUAUUGUAGCAAACUGGCAGAUCAUUGUGAAACCAUCAAGAGAUCAGUGCAGGUGGUUAACCUUGACCCAGCUGCGGAACACUUUGAUUAUCCCGUCAUGGCAGAUGUCAGAGAUUUGAUUCAAAUUGAUGAUGCGAUGGAGGACACAAAUUUACAUUUUGGACCAAAUGGCGGUCUUAUAUUUUGCAUGGAAUACUUGGCUAACAACUUUGACUGGCUGCGAGAGCAGUUGGAUGAACAAGAAGACGACUACAUCAUAUUUGAUUGCCAGAUAGAACUCUACACCCACAUACCUGUAAUGAAACAGCUGGUAGAGAAACUCCAGUCGUGGGAUUUCCGAGUGUGUGCUGUCUUUAUGCUGGACGCCCAGUUUCUAGUGGAUGCAGCCAAGUUUGUCUCUGGUUCCCUGACUGCUCUGUCCACCAUGGUCAACCUUGAAAUUCCUCAUGUUAAUGUUCUCACAAAGAUAGAUCUGCUGAGCACAUCUGCUAAAAAGCAUAUAGACAGGUACCUGGAUCCUGAGCUAAGCACUUUGUUGCUAGAAGAGUUUCAAGACAAGGAGUUUGGUCCAAAAUUUCAUUCACUUAACAAAGCAAUGGCACAACUGCUGGAUGACUUUAGCCUAGUCCACUUUGUGGCCCUGGACUACACCGAGGAGGAUAGCAUUAAUGAUUUGUUGAUCCACAUAGACAUGACCAUACAGUACGGAGAGGAUUUGGAGCCCAAGGAGAUGAGGGAUCCAAUAGACCCGGAUGAAAAUGCGGAUACUGGAGGUUUUGACAGUGGAUUUGAAUAA